GGGACUUAUAGUCCCCUGGGUCCAAUAGCUGCAAGGGAAUAGUCUGGGCCGUGCGUCUUGCCGUAGUGCAUGCUGGAUGUUGUGGUGGCUGGUGGGCGCAGUGCAUGAUGGGAAUGAGAGCGCCUCUGGCCAGGGCGGGACUGGGCGGCGAUGCCUGCCAGGGACUUGUAGUUCUUGGGGGUGCCCGGAAGUCUGUAGCGCCUGCGCGGAGGAGCGCGGCCGGCGACCCCGUGCGUGGCAGGAAGCGGAAGGGGGCCGGUCGGGCUCGAGCACUGACGUGUCCCUCGGAGUGAGCAGGAGCCUUCGCCCGGCCUCUGCUCCCUCUUUUCGGACAGCAACAGCGGCCGAGAUGGGGAUUAAAUUUCUUGAAGUAAUCAAGCCCUUCUGUGUUAUCUUGCCUGAAAUUCAAAAGCCAGAAAGGAAGAUUCAAUUUAAGGAAAAAGUGCUAUGGACAGCUAUUACUCUUUUCAUCUUCUUAGUAUGCUGCCAGAUUCCCCUGUUUGGUAUCAUGUCAUCAGACUCGGCAGAUCCUUUCUACUGGAUGAGAGUGAUUCUGGCUUCAAAUAGAGGAACAUUGAUGGAGCUGGGUAUUUCACCCAUUGUCACUUCCGGGCUCAUCAUGCAGCUCUUGGCUGGUGCCAAGAUAAUUGAGGUUGGGGACACUCCAAAAGACAGAGCUCUCUUCAAUGGGGCACAAAAAUUGUUCGGCAUGAUUAUUACAAUUGGUCAGUCUAUCGUCUACGUAAUGACGGGGAUGUAUGGAGACCCAUCUGAGAUGGGUGCUGGUAUCUGUUUGCUUAUCACAAUUCAGCUUUUUGUAGCUGGGUUAAUAGUUCUACUAUUGGAUGAGCUUCUACAGAAAGGAUAUGGUCUUGGUUCUGGCAUCUCUCUCUUCAUUGCUACCAACAUCUGUGAGACUAUUGUAUGGAAGGCAUUCAGCCCCACCACUGUGAACACAGGCCGAGGAAUGGAGUUUGAAGGAGCCAUUAUUGCUCUGUUCCAUCUGCUGGCUACUCGUACGGACAAAGUCAGAGCUCUCCGAGAGGCCUUCUACCGCCAGAACCUCCCUAACCUCAUGAACCUGAUUGCUACCAUUUUUGUCUUUGCUGUUGUCAUUUACUUCCAGGGCUUCAGAGUGGACCUCCCCAUCAAAUCUGCCCGCUACCGUGGCCAGUACAACACUUAUCCUAUCAAGCUGUUCUAUACUUCCAAUAUUCCCAUCAUUCUUCAGUCUGCCUUGGUAUCUAAUCUGUAUGUGAUCUCCCAGAUGUUGUCUGCUCGCUUCAGUGGCAACUUGUUGGUUAGCCUGCUAGGCACCUGGUCUGAUACUUCAUCUGGAGGCCCUGCUCGCUCUUAUCCAGUGGGUGGACUUUGCUAUUAUCUCUCACCCCCUGAGUCCUUUGGUUCAGUGUUAGAAGACCCUGUCCAUGCAGUUGUUUAUAUAGUGUUUAUGUUGGGCUCCUGUGCUUUCUUCUCCAAGACCUGGAUUGAAGUUUCUGGCUCUUCUGCCAAAGAUGUUGCCAAACAACUAAAAGAGCAACAGAUGGUAAUGAGGGGCCAUAGAGAAACCUCCAUGGUCCACGAACUAAACAGGUACAUUCCCACAGCUGCUGCGUUUGGUGGUCUCUGCAUUGGUGCUCUCUCUGUCCUGGCAGACUUCCUUGGGGCAAUUGGGUCUGGAACUGGAAUCUUGCUAGCUGUUACUAUCAUUUACCAGUACUUCGAAAUUUUUGUAAAGGAACAGAGUGAAGUUGGGAGCAUGGGAGCUCUUCUUUUCUAAACCCAGCUUCUGAUGGACCUAGGAAAGGGGGAGGCGUAUUCUUGAAUUAUCCAGUCAGGUGAAAAGAAAUAAAACAAACUCGGGCACAUCAUGCUAUAGGAACAUGUAUUUUAAUAAUGUUUCCAAAGUGCAUUUCCUUUUGUUCACUUUUUAGCAUAUUGUUUGUGUUUUAUAAAUUGUUGGAAAAUGUGCAAAAACACUUUUAAAGAAAAUUGUUUAUUUUUAAUUACUUAUUAGGAAAACCAACUUCCUGAAUUGGAUUUAGUUUGACAGCUCUUUAAUUUUUCAUCCCCUUGCAGGAAUGAUAGAUCUGAAGCCUUUGUAGGCUUAGAUAAAUAGACAUGGGGGGAGGGCUAUGUAUUGGAAGGGAUGUUUUUUCUAUAUAUAUUGUGUUUGCAACUCCUCUGCAGUGGAUUAGGUGAGAGAAAUCUCUCCCUCUGAUGCUGGAGUUGAUUAAUUAUGGUUGUAAGCACAAACAAUGUUUAAUAUGUUCAGUUUUGUAUAUUUUUUGGAAUAUGGCAUAUUUAGUGAAGCAUUUUCAGUGUAUUUUUACAAAGGUGUCUCUACUUCCAAAUGUCUUGUAAAUUAAGCUAGGUCUUGUCAAAUGCUGAAUAUUGGCCUGAGACUGUUGCCUAGUUUCUGUAGAUGUUAGAAAUGCUUUCCCUUCCAUAAGCUGAAAACUCAGGUCAGUCUAGGUUUCUCAAGAGGGAAGCAAUUAUUGUGCCUAGGAGCUGUAACCUUAAAACUUGGUAAUAUGGGGAAGCCUUGUAAAUGUUCUAACUACCAUUGACCACAGUCAUUUCUAGCUCUAGCACUGAAACUGAAACUGGUUGGGGAUUGCAUGUCACAACUUUUUAGAGGCAAAUCUUCUUUUGUCUUUUGAUAAACCCAGACUUCUCUCAUUAAAAAUAAGUAAUAGUCUAGCAGCAAUGAGGAUAUCAUCUGACUGCUUAUUUCUAGUGAAUUGUAUGAGAUUCAUUGCUACAGAAUGCCACAAGUGUAAUUGACAUACCUGUCCCAAAGUACCUAAUUUAUGGUCCUGGACAGGAGAUUAGUCUGAUAACUUUGUCACUGCCCAUGUAAAAGGCAUCCUUUUGCCAUCUCUGAAAUAUGUUUAAAAUAUACCCGUGCUGACUUGAAUAGUGUGGAGUGAAAACACUUGCCUGGACACCUGUGGCUUCCUGUUUUGUUUUGAGGGCUGCUCCUAUCAAAAUGGAGAAGUCACCUUAAAAGGCUUAAAGAAAACUGGGGAAAAAAUCCUCAACUUCUAAUUUUAAGUUAGAUUGGUCCUAGGCACCUUAAAUGUUGACAAAUGCAAACGUUUUGUGUACAAAGGAAUCCUGCAAGUAAAAUUUCUUCUUCAAACAGUAUUGAUCAACCUGGGAACCAGAAUGGGAAGGGGUAGUGUUGAAGUGUUUCUCUGUACUGCACCAAUAUGACUGUAUUUUCUACUGUUACUCUGAAAAUGUAAAAGAUGGUUUGUGCUUUGAGUGACAGAAAAUCUUUUCUAUUAUAUGUUCCUGAGAAAAGUAGAGCCAGAGCCAGAAACUCUUGCUGUAUUUGCCACCAAGUUCUAACAAAUGUGUGAGAAUUCUGCAGGCUCUGUAUGCUAUGUACCUAUCAAUAGAAACUUAAACGCUUAAAAUGGGACAAGGACCUGAAUUGGAAAAAGGACAAAAGUAAUGGAAUAAAGUAGCCAUGAAUAAAGAAAAUGUCAUAAAAGUCCACUUAACUUCA